ACAAACUCUCCUUAUCUUAUCAAAUGCAGAGCUAUGAGACUCACUACCUUGAUCAGAAGAAACGAAAAUGGCGUUUUGUUUACUGCGUGCCUUAGUCUUAGUAAUUCUAAUGGCUAGUAAUAACAAAUGCUUGCUGCUGAAUGACUCCUCCGCUAUGGAGCAGAGACUGUCACAAAUGGAGGCUUUAGUUCAGGGCCUCACACAGGAAGUUAAAGGACUUACUCAGGAUGUCAGCUCUCUGAAGCAGGAAAACUCGUAUCUAAAGGCUCAGGUAUCCACAGCGCAGGCUCCAGCAUAUUUCUCAGCAUAUAGGAAAAGUCAUUUGUCAUUUCCCACAUCAACUCAAACAGAUAUCGUGUACGACGGAGUCCGAAGUAACUUCCACAACUGUUACAAUACCUCAAAUGGUCAAUUCACAGCCCCUUAUAAGGGCUUCUACGUGUUUAGCUGGGAAACCCAGACAACAGCAGGGAAUGUAUUUGAUAGCGAGCUAUUAGUCAAUGGAGUGCGCUAUAUGAUGAAUGCCUGUAACAAUAUAGCGCAGAACACUGCUUAUUCCAGCUGUACUGGAGUGGCUCCCGUUCAACUAGAGGCCGGUGAUAUUGUCCAUAUCCGGUCCACAAGCGCAACAUUUCUUCAUUCUGAUUGGUCGAGCUUCAGUGGAUGGCUAGUCAAUAAAACGUAAACAGGCGAUUGUACUGUUAACGCACCAUAAAUA